AUGUGGACGCUAUUCGGUACUCAUAUAUUCAAUCCGCUGUUAUAUUAUACCUACCCUUCUUCUCCAGCCCAACUCAGUUUCUUCAGUAUCGCCUUCUUUCUGCCAUGGAUUCCAGCAGCGAAGUAGCCCUCGAUUUAACACCCUUUCUAAAAAUCUACAAAGACGGUCGCGCCGAGAGAAUUUCAGGCUGCGACGUCGUUCCGCCGGGCAUCGAUUCCGCAACAAAUGUCCUAUCCAAUGACUUCGUAAUCUCAAAAGACGACGACGUAUCAGCCAGGAUCUUCACUCCCAAACUAAGCGAUCAAAGCCAAAAGCUCCCCCUCCUUGUCUACUUCCACGGUGGGGGGUUCUGCAUAGAAACACCAUACUCUCCACCUUACCAUAAAUUCCUCAACUCACUUGUUUCCAAGGCCCACAUCGUUGCCGUCUCCGUUCACUACAGAAGAGCCCCUGAACACCCCGUUCCCAUCGCUCACCAAGAUUCCUGGUCUUCGCUCCAAUGGGUGGCCUCCCAUUGUAACGGAAACGGCCCUGUGGAGUGCCUCAAUCGCCACGCUGAUUUCGGGAAUGUGUUCUUCGCUGGGGACAGUGCGGGAGCAAACAUCGCACACCACAUGGCUCUACGCGUCGGAAUCCACGGCCUUCCGGGUAUCAACCUCCAAGGGAUUGUGCUGGUUCAUCCUUACUUUUGGGGCGUGGAGCGAAUCGGUUCUGAGGUCCAAAAGCUCGACCAAGUUCCCAUGGUGGAUAAUUUGUGGAGUUUCACUUGCCCUGCCUCGACAGGAUCCGACGACCCGUUGUUGAACCCGGCUAAGGAUCCGAAUCUGGGGAAGCUGGCCUCGAAAAGAGUGCUGAUUUGUGUUGCUGAGACUGAUUUGCUGAAGGAUAGGGGUUGGUAUUACAAGGAGUUGCUGGAGAAGAUUGAGUGGCAAGGUGUUGCUGAGGUGAUGGAGGCAAAAGGAGAAGGUCACGUCUUUCAUUUGUUCGAUCCAGAUUGUGACAGCGCUGUCUCCUUGCUCCAACGAAUUGCUUCCUUCAUUAACAACAGUUAAUUAAGGUUUGCAGUUCUGAAUUUGCAGGCAUCCUUGCUUUACUCGCAGUUAAGAAUUUGUCGCUUUUCCGUUUUGUUUUAUGUCAUGGAUUUCGUAUUGUUCAUCAAUUCAGAUGCUUAAUUAAAAACUCUGCUCCUACUUACAUGAAAAAUAUUUAAUAAAAGAAUCUUA